UUCUAUAUGACUUUUUUUUGUUAAAGAUUUUUCCGAAAUUAUAUUCAAACUACAAUUCCGUGGGUAUGUUUUCAACCCAUUUCCCAUUGCAGCACAAUCACAGGAUUCACAGCUUAUGUGUAGAACCAAAAUGGCCGUCAACGCUUCAUCGCCGGCACCGAGCCCAUCACGGCCAUCAUCCCGAGCUUCCGUCUUCUCAUCCACGCCUAGAAACGCAAAUUCCAGAUCCUCAGAGCCGCCAAUCAGCGUUAACACCUCCGCCGAAUAUAACUCCGCAGCCACCAAUUCCCCCAGCUUCCGGCUUGAUACUUCUGUCGCCACAGCCGCCGUAUCCAGCUCGUUGUCCAACCUCCGGCAAUCGCUACCGGAGAGAUCACAGGUUUACGAAUUUUCUGAAAUUCGAGCUGCAACAAACAAUUUCCUCUCGAAGCGCUUCUCCUCCACCUCCUCUUCCCAAUCAUGGCGGUGCGUCCUGCACGGAAAAGAAGUCAUCAUAUUCCAGCGAAUAGUUCGAAGAUCCAUGGAGAAAUCGGGACUCAAAGCGAAGUUAUCGAUCAUUUGCCGGAGCCAUAACCGGAGUAUAAUCAAGCUCCUAGGCGCGUCAAUCUCAGGCAAUCAGAUUUACCUUGUUUACGAAUUUGUUCCUGGAUCCAACCUCGCCCUGUGUCUUCGAAACCCUAGAAACCCUAGCUACACCGUGCUUUCCACUUGGUUGUCCAGAAUGCAAAUCGCUACAGACGUAGCUCACGGAUUAGAUUAUAUACACAAUAUGACUGGACAGGGUUCGAAUUCGGCUCACAAGCAUGUGAAGAGCAGCGGGAUUGUUAUCACCGAGCCGUCAUUCAACGCUAAGAUCUGUCAUUUUGGAGCGGCGGAGCUCUGCGGCGAGACCGAGAUCCCGUCCCUCGGCAGCGGCGGAAGUACAGAGGAACUCCGGUCGACAGAAUUGAGAUCUGAGAAGCGGAACCGGCAAUUCGAAGGAGUAAGCGGUUAUAUGUCGCCUGAUUUUCAGCGCUCUGGCAUCGCGACGCCGAAAUCCGACGUAUACGCAUUCGGAGUUGUGCUUCUGGAACUUUUCUCCGGCGAGGAGCCGGUUAAGUUCAGAUACGAUAAGUCGAGUGGAGAGUACACGAAAGUUUCUGUAGUGGAGACGGCUAGAGAUGCGAUUGGCGGCGGCGGUGGCGUGGAGGAGAUGGAAAGGGGGCUGAGACGGUGGGUGGAUGGGAGGCUGAAGGACUCGUUCCCGGUGGAAGUGGCGGCAAAGCUUAUCAGGCUGGCGCUAGAUUGCAUACACGUGGACCCAGAAGAGCGGCCCGAUAUGCGCCGCGUGUCAGGGAAAAUAUCGCAACUCUUUUUGGAAUCGGAAUAUUGGUCGGCCCAAGUUCAAGUUCCUACCGCAAUAUCUGUAUCAUUCACGCCUAGAUGAUUAAAAAAGAUUAAAUCAUGUAAAAUGUAAUUCGUGUCAAAAAUUACAAUUCUAGAACAAUAUGUUACGAACUCUUAAAACAAUAGAGCAUAUUCCAAUUUUAACCAAAUAUGUUUGGAAAACGG